AAAACAGGAAACAAAUCCUCCAAUUUCAAACAGGGACUAAAAUAUUUUUCUUUUCUCUCCUUUGCAAGGCAAGAAACUGUUUCCUCUCAAAGCCGACUUCCUUUCUGGAAAUGAUCUUCAUUUCCAACCAUGUUGAAAAUCUGCUUUUUCAUUCCUUCGCUCUGACUAGCCUUCUAAUUUUUUUUCCUCCCUUGCCUUCUUGGUGGUAGGGGAAAAGGGAGGAGGGUUAGAAUUGGAGGAAGAGAGGAAGGCAAAGGAGAAUUGUUUGCUACUGUAUGAGUACAUCUUCUAAUUGUAGCUUGAACAACCGAAUUUGCAGCGCUUCCCCCCCUUUCCUGCAAUUUAAUUCCUUGCAGAUAUUGCCAUGGGGUGCGGACUUAGAAAACUAGAAGACCCUGAUGAUAGCAGCCCGGGAAAAAUAUUUUCGACACUGAAGAGACCACAAGUGGAAACAAAGACAGACUUUGCUUAUGAAUAUGUAUUGCUGGAUUUUACUUUAGAAGCCUCCUCAAAUCCAGAAGUUAUCAAGAUCAGCUCAAUUCUGGAUAUAGCACCAAAAGUUGAAGAAUAUUACAUUAAAGGCUAUAUUGUAGGAGCUGUUCACCCUGUUAUAUUAUCUGUUGGAAGAAGAAGACACUUGCCAGCAAGCCAUCUGUAUAGAGUUGUACUGUCUCGUUUAAAAUUAAGCCAGACACAGACAACACCCAAAGGACAAGGCCGACCCAGGCUUGUAAUCGAGGAAUGUCCCUUGACGUAUGAAACUCUAACAAAUGAAGGAGUGAAAGGGUUGAUAGAAAAGAUAAAUGAAGCUGCUAAAAGAGGAAUGAAAUUUGUUGGAUUUGUAACACAACAUAGUACUCAGUCCAGUUGCAAUGGCACCAACCCUGACGGAGAUGUAGAAUCAGAGUCAACUCUAUACAGAAUUCAAGGACACCAGAGACACAAUUCAGAUGAAAACUGUAAAACAUGGAAUGAAGGAACUUUGAGUGGGCAGUCAUCUGAAAGUGGAAUUGAAGAAGAAAUUCAUCAUGAAAGUGGACCAUGGCAAAUGGGAAGAGAAGGAAGUUCUAUUCCUUCUAAAUCAAGAAAGGGAGAAGAUAAUAAAUUGUAUACAGUCUUCAAUGUUUUUGAUGAUGAAUCAACACGCUGGACCUAUCAGGAAGGCAUUCUAUCAAUGAAAGUCACAAGAAAAGGAUCUGUAAUUAGUACACUAGAUGCUGACUGGCUAGAGCUGACUACAUUUUAUUAUAAACAAGGAUUGUCCUUAAUUGAUUCUUUUGUAUCCUGGGAAACUUCUAAAGAUCAUUUGUCCAAAUCUUUGGAAGGAUUAUUUAUAUAUGAAGAAGAAGGUUCUGGAGUGCCAGGUUCUAACAGGAAAGGAAAUGAUGCAAUUGUAGUGGAACAAUGGACUGUCAUUGAGGGCUGUGAAAUUACAACUGAUUACGGGCCCCUACUGCACACUCUGGCUGAGUUUGGAUGGCUUUUGACGAGUGUACUUCCGACACCCAUACUAAGACGUGACAGUGAAGGAAAUUUGGCUACAAAGCAGGUUGUAUUUUUUCAAAGGCCUGUUAUGUGGAACUCAGCUGUUAAAACACCAGAAAAGAAAUCCACGAGGCAGAUAAGGGAAGAGAAAAGCAAGGUAACUAGCCGGAGCGUUGGGCUGGACACAGCCACUUCUUGCCCUGCAGAAAGCAGACACCCAUCUGAACAAUGUCAUCUCUCUCCUUCUCAAGACCCUUGGACCAGAGAAGGGAUGCCGGCACCCUAUGGUAGCUUCUCAGGGGUCAGCAGCAGUGACAGUGUUCUGAGGGAAUUGGAUGACGGACAAUAUGAUCAGGAGGACGGGGUAACACAGGUCACUUGUAUGUGAGCCAGAAGAUAUCUGAAUUCAAAGGACCUGUAAAUAAUCAUGGACAUUUAAUUCAAUGCUGAAAUGAGUACAUUACUUCAUACACUUCAAUGCAAUGCUCUGUGUUUCUCCAGACUCACAUAUUUUUCUCAUCUAUGCUGGCUUUGGCUACUGCCUCUAAAUGCGGAAGAACUAUUAUUAGUAAAUUCAUUCAUUAGAGUUGUUUUUAUAUUCCUCCUGUCAAGAACAUCUGUUCAAAGUGAGAUGUCAUUAGUUUAUUAAGAAAUAAUGUCGGGGCAGCUAAGUGGUGCAGUGGAUACAGCCCUGAAGUCAGGAGGACCUGAGUUCAAAUCCAGCCUCAGACCAAACA